CAAACCGAAAGCAAGAUAAGAAGUCAAAGUCCAAAAGUCAGACACAUUGAGGGUGGGUGGAUCUCGGUGGAUCUCGGAUCAACUUGGCUUGGUCAGCGCCAUUGGUGAAUGCAUUGCCAGCCUCCGCCCCAGCCUCUGUUCAAGACCGUCGGCCAUGUCGCCCACAUGGUUGUUCUCGGUGUCGCUGCUUUGGCACUUGAUCAUCUUAUGCUCGGUGUUCGACAUCUGGUUCCGCUCGCCCGUGGUGCCGGUCACACGCUCGUUCGCGCCGGACAUUCCCGGUCCCGCUCGCCGAUUGGUCCUUUUCGUGGCCGAUGGGCUCCGGGCCGAUGCCUUCUUUGACCAAUCGGACGGGUCGCCCCUGACGCCCUUUCUCCGUUUGGUCAUGGAGCGACAAGGGGCGUGGGGCGUGUCCCACACACACGUGCCCACUGAGUCGCGUCCGGGUCACGUGGCUUUGAUUGGCGGUUUGUACGAAGACCCCUCGGCCAUUGCUCGAGGUUGGCAAGAGAAUCCCGUCGAUUUUGAUACGGUCUUCAAUCAAUCCAGCCACACUUGGGCCUGGGGCAGUCCGGAUAUCUUGCCCAUGUUUGCUCGGGGUGCCACGCCUCAUCGGGUUCGGACCGCGUCCUACCCAUCCUCCUUUGAAGACUUUUCAGCCAACGAUCUCACCCAGUUGGACACGUGGGUCUUUGAUCAAGUCGAGGCCUUCAUCCACGAGGCCUAUCAAAACCACUCGUUGCAAAUGGAGCUCCGAGCAGAGCGGGUCGUGUUGUUCUUGCAUUUAUUGGGGUGCGAUACCAAUGGUCAUCGACACAAUCCGCGCUCGCCCGAGUAUCAACGCAAUAUUCGUAUGGUGGACCAAGGGAUCGAGCGCAUGGUCGAGCUCUUCGAUCGAUAUUGGCGACAUGACGGUCGAACGGCGUUCGUGUUCACGGCCGAUCACGGCAUGACCGAUUGGGGCUCGCAUGGUGCGGGUAUGGCCCAUGAAACCGAAACGCCUCUUGUGGUUUGGGGUGCGGGCGUGCGCCGACCCAUUCCAAGUAAGACGAAAACCAGUUCCAGUCCGCCUUACUGGCACAUGGACCACUUGUUUCGAUCGGAUGUGGAACAAGCGGAUGUGGCGCCCUUAAUGUCCGUUUUACUCGGGACGAAUAUUCCCAAGAAUUCGGUGGGUCGAUUACCCGUGGAUUAUCUGGACAUGAGUCCGGACCAUAAAAUCAAGGCCAGCUUGGCCGUGGCUCAACAAAUGUUUGAACAAUUCCUCGUCCUCCAAAGUGGGUUUGCCCAACUUCGAUUGGCGCGACUGCUUCAUCGACCUUUCUCCGGGAUGAAUGAGGUCCAGUUCCAGGAUCAAACGGACCGAGUUCGGAUUCUGGUGAGCAAGAAUAUGUAUGAAAAAGCUCAGCCCUUGGCCGACGACCUCUGGCAACAGAGCUUUCAUGGCGUGCAAUACUAUCAUCAAUACUAUCAACUCCAGUUGUUCGUGGUCACGAGCACUUCCUACGUUUCUUUCAUCUUGCUCACACUGACCUCUGUGAUCAAGCAUUUCUCAAUCAUCGUUCAACCCUGUGAUGUGAGGGCCAAACCGUGGCUUUCCGCUUCAUUUGUAGCUUUCUCGAUGUUAGCCGGAUUUCUGACCUUGUGUCAAAAUGUGCCUUACCAUUACUUCAUUUAUUACAUCACGCCCGUGAUCUUGAUCCGAGCUCUAUGCAGUGAAUGGUCAAGCAUGAAGGUCAACCAAGCAUCUCUGUCAUUACCCGUGGUUGUGCCAUUGAUUCUGGUUAUGAGCACAGAACUCUUAAUCUGCGCCUUCUUUGAUCGACGAUGGUUGAGUUUGGCCAUUGUGUUGGUCACACUCCUUCAACGAUACUUAGGUGAGACCAAAUCCAAGCUUUUGAGGGCGAGUUGGGUAAUCUGUAACUUAGCCCUGUGUGGUUUCUCGUUCCAACCCUCGGUGAUGAAGGAGCACAACCCUGCAUUGGUAUUAUUAGCCGGUUUGGGUUCGGCCUUGGUGUCAGGUUGGUUCACCCAAAAGGUCUUGAAGACCUCGAUGUUCUCCGGCUUGCUGGUGUUUCUUGUCACUAGCGGGAUAUGCUCGUGGAUUUCUUUGAUCCAGGAAUUCAGAACCUUGGCUCAAUGUGUGUCUUGGAUCGUAUUCUUGGGUGGGGUUCCUUUGGCCUUGGCGAGACCCUCGAAGGCCUUUGAGCGACUUCUUCGAGUAUCCAUGGCCCUGAUGAGCUCGUAUAUUCUACUCAGUCUCACUUAUGAAGGCCUGUUUCUACUCACUCUCAUCAUCACCAUGGCCAUCUACAUUCUGAUGGAGUUCCACGAGAACGUGUAUCAUCAAAAACUUUUGGAAUUCACUCUUGAUUCAAGCCAACCACGAAAGGCUGUCAGCAUUCGAGACGUGUUCCGAUCUUUCUUGUUCCUGUUUUUUUCUAUUGUGUCUUUUUUCGGGACGGGAAACAUUGCCAGUCUCAACACCUUCGAUCCUAAAAGCAUCACUACCCUCGUAUCUGUGUUCUCGCCCUUUCUAAUGGGUGGAUUACUCCUCUCUAAAGUGUUGAUCCCGUUCCUCGUGGUGGCUUGCUUCAUGUACCUUAUGAUCUCCAUCACAAGAUUGGAUGGGAAAGCUAUGUUCUUGAUGGUUCUCCUAUUCUCAGAUUGGAUGAGUCUUCACUUUUUCUUUCUCGUUCAAGAUCAGGGGAGUUGGGCCGAGAUUGGGACUUCACUCUCACAUUUCAUUAUAGCCGAAGGCACCGUAAUAUUUUUGCAAUUAUUUCUCGUCCUGGCGAGAGGGCUCUUGGAGUUUAGAGCCGAAUUUGUUAAAAACAAGGUAUAUCAGGACUCUGAAGACAUUGAGAUGGUUCUUGGCAAGUCAAACAUCGAAUAAUGAGGAUAUCUCCUUUAUAAAAAAUAAACCUGUUUGAUCAA